CAUCAUGUUUUGUAUGUAUUUUUUGGUUUUAACACAUCCACUAGCCCUGAGUGGCACAAACUUGCUGAACAAAGGCCUGUACUUUUUGUCAAAUAACCAAAAUACCAAAAACAAAUUAUUUUCCUACAGUCUUUUAUUAUCUUAUACUGAAGAUUUAAUAUGGCCAGUUUGUCUUAAACACAAAUUACAAAUGGGACGUGUUUGUGUCCUUUCAAAUUGUCCUUUCAUUUUGAAGGUUUUUGGUCAUAAAGCAAACAUUUGGGUGUUUUGUUUACCCUGAUAGUGGCACUAGGAUAAACGUUUUUUAUGUAUUACAUUUCUUUUCCUUGUGUGUGUGGGGAGUGAUAUUCCUUGUUUUUGCACAGUUGUUUUGUUGAAUAUUUGUAAAAGGAACUUCAACUUCCCUUUAUUUCAGCUUCCUGGUCUUAUACUUCCUCCAUUCUCAUCUGUUCUUCAAUUAUAACAUUUCAUUCAUUCUUGUACCUGUUUGCCUGAAGUGAAUGUAGCAUUUACUUUUGGUUCAUCGCAAAACAAUAUGCUGCCUACCUUUUAUCUCUUGUUAUUUUUGUGUGAGAGCACAGUACAAUUCACAAGUACAGGAUGGCAAACAACUACAACUGCUAGAACGACUUCCUUGGAAACCUCUACACCUAUGACCACAGAAGUAAGGAUUCCUGCUCUGCAGCUGGUGGCCAAACCAGGCUACCCAGUCACAGAAGUUGCUGAGCAGUUAGGAAUUGCUGCCUUUUUCUUUUCUCUUGUUGCCUUGAUCAGCAUAUUUGCUAUAUUUUUUUGGCUCGGCUUUCAAAGACAUGUUGCUACACAGACAACCUCCAACACUGCAGCCAAAGGUUUCCCUGGACCAGAUAAGUCUCCAAAGGGAGGUAUUCCACCAGCUGAAAGCGGCGGAGAUGUGUACAUGAACUACACCGGCAAUGACUACUCUGAUCUGGACCUCAACAAUGUGACUGGAAAUGAUUACUCCAGUCUAUCAUGAUCAUUUAUUGGAUGGUGGAGUGACGCAAUAAAACAUACAUCUUUUUUUCAGUAGCAGGAUUUCUACAAAUAAUACUCAGCAAACUCUUUAACCUGAAUUAUGAGGUUUACUAUUUAUGUUUGAUUCAAUGUUCUUAAUUCAUGCUUGGUUAGAAUAUUCCCAAAAUCAACAAGAAAGCUAUAACAGCAUUUGCUCUGUAUUUAGCGUAUUUUAAUAAAACCUGUAUUGUGCUUUAAA